AAGGGUUUCGUUCAAAAACAUAAAACUUCUUCCAACUGUCAAAGAAUCAAGUUUUCCGAACGAAACCAUUUAGCCGUUGCAAGAUGUGACAAAUGACAGAUGUUUUGAUUUGAAAACAAUGCGGUUAUUUUUUUGGAAAAAUCUUAUUUUUUGUAUAAAACUGGACUUUUAAUAUAAAUAAAAAGUGCUAUUAAACAUUGUGAUGUGGUCGUGCCUUGUAAUAUAAGAUUUAAACUGAUUUUACUCAAAAUGAGUACGUCGGAACUGAUAGACAAAUUACGAAAUGAAAACUUAGAUCAAUUUUUUACAUUAGUGCGAAUGCAUUUGUCUUUUGUUGUAGAUAUUAAUACUGACGAUGUUGAAUGUUCAACUGAUAAACCAAAGCAAUUCAGAUGGAAUUUCCACAAGAAAACGAAGAAUUCUAACGCGAACUCUAGUCAAAAUGUAAAUAAUAUGAAGAAGAAUGAGGAAGUGAACUCUAUAACAGAAGAGGGAAUGUUAAGGCUUUAUGAACUUAUAGAAUUUUUAUCAUUACCAGAUAAUGUAAUCCAAGAAGGUAUAUUCCGUCGUACUGGGUCACUCAGUCGGCAGCAGGAACUCAAGAACCUGCUGAUCACGGGUUCCAACCUGGGUCUUGAUGAGGGCAGAUUCACCGUGCAUGAUUGUGCGUCCGUGCUGAAGGGGUUUCUAGCUGAAUUGCCUCAGCCACUACUCAUGGAGCAGUAUUAUCAAACAUAUUGCACUCUAGCUUCUCAAUAUCCACCCAACCUGGAGUCAUCGGAAACAAAACUGUUGACAGCCCUGCAACUGCUGCUGCUGCUUCUGGCACCAUCCCAUAGGAACUUUCUCGAACGGCUGCUGAGGCUGUUACGGUUGGUCGCCGACAAUGAACCCAGUAACAGAAUGUCACCAGACACGCUAGCUACGAUGUUCACACCACAUCUAUUGUGUCCUAGAAAGCUAUCCCCUGAAGCGUUUCACCAGGAAUCGCUCGCUCUAGCCCCACUAAUGAGCUUCAUGAUCCGUCAGUCGAGCGCGUUAUGGGCGGCGCCGGCGCAGCUAGUCACCGACGCCGCGGCCUACCUCGCGGUACGAGAGAGGAAGAAGGCGUUAUCACCAGCCGCGGACUUGGAUGAGAGUUAUACGGACAGAACGGCAGCCAACACGGUAUACACGUUCGUCGAUCGCUCGCGCAGCGUCGCCGAGCACGCGGCCAACCCCACAGACACGGCGCUAGCGCAGCUGUACGCACACAUACACGCGCUGCCCCCCUCCGCGCACCGCCGCCGCCUCAUCAAGCACUUCAAUCGCCAAAACGGCUAUGGCACACCGAUCCAAAUCCAACGGACGGGUAAGGUAGCUGGAUCCAAGAGUUUCGGUGACUCUAUCAAGCGGCACAUAUUCAACAAGGGACUGCUGAAUAAGACGCCGAAAAAAGGCUCCGGUUCGAGUAUCAAUACCGUCGCUGAGAAAUCAACUAAAAAACGAUACACUGACGAUAGCAAAGUCGAUGUGUCCCACAAAAAUAUCGUUCUAAAGAAUCUAGCGAAUAAAAUGAUAAGCACAGAAUCUUUAGAUGACGAAUACGAUUCAGAUGCUAGCAACGAAAGCACACUAUCCGAAGGAGCCAUAAGCAAAUCGAAGAAGAUAAGCCCGAAAUUCGUUUCCGAACCGAAUUUAAGCGUCAUAGACACCGAGGAAACGCCAAAGAAGAAAAGAGGAAGAAUGUUCCGAUCCAAACCGUCUGGUCCGCAAAUAAACAAAAAGUAUCAAAAACGCUCCACAGUCGUCCGCGGUACACCGACUUCCUGUGUAUCGUGUAUCAACGAUCAAGACACUGUGUCCGAUGAUGAUAUUUCCGUCGAAAGGAGUAUAGAAAACACGCCAAGAAAGAGUAAAUUCUACGCCAUUGACCCAGAGUUCAAAAUGAAUUAUCAGACGAGUACGCCGGGUUUAUCAGAGCCAGUUUUUAAUGAGGAAUGUUCGACUCCAUACACUAUAAACUUUAGAAGAGCGUCUAUGUCUCCAAUCACGAAAUCUACACAGAAAUUGUCUAAGGCUAUGCAGGAAUCCAUCAUGACUCCAAGAUCACGCAAACCGCUAAUCAUAACUUCUGAGCAAAGGGACAAUACAAUGGAAGCUUCGGAACCGCAAGAGGAAUCUCUCAAAGUUGACAAUUUCCAGUCAAAGUCUGACAUUUACCAGUCAAAGUCUGAAGUUUACCAGUCAAAGUCUGACAUUUACCAGUCAAAGUCAGAGGUUUACCAGUCAAAAUCCGACAUUUAUAGAUCAAUUUCGCCAAAGAAUGAUAGCGAUUUCGUGUCUUCGGAUGAUGAAAUGAACUCAAGAUCUUAUUCUUUUGAGAGGUCCCGACACGCAUCACCUCGGAUAAAUAUCGAGUGUACAGAAUUGGGAAGAAGUUCAAGUUCGAGCGACAAGAAUUUUAAUACUACCCUCCUAGCUGAAGAUAUAGAGAACACACAAAAGAAAUCCCUUACGGAACCCUUCAGAGAGUAUCUUCUAAGUAGAUCUGUUUUAACAGCAACACCAAUCGAUUUAUCGAUUUUAAACCAAUCGAGUGAGACGGAAAAAAUAUCGGAAUCGUUAUUGUACUGUCUCAACGGUAAUGUACCGUCGGAUUUGACGUCGUCGAUUAGUAAUCUAGCUGUGGAAUCGAUUCCCGAAAUUCGAACGCCGUUGAAAGAUGUGAACGUUGAUUUGAGUCCGAACAGAAAGAGAUCAGCGCCCUCUGUUGAAGUUACGUCCAAAUUAAUGAAAGAUGGAGAAGAGAAUUUUAAGCCACAUGAAACGGAUUUAUAAUUGAGAAAUGAGAAUACUCUAAUAUUCUUCACUUUAAAUUUAUCAACUAUUGGCUUUUUGUUUUUUUCUGUCAAAAUCUUGUGUAUACUUACCUACCUCAAAAAGUAGACAAUAACUACUUUUUGAGGUUUACUGAUAGGAGUUUAUCAAUAGACUUAUUGAUUGGUUAACUGUUUGACAUUAGCUAAUCAAAGCCGAAAGUAAGUAGAUAAAGUACUCUAAAAAUCUCAGAAAGAUAUUAGACAAUAUUCAAUACUUUGUUCGAUUUUCAACUAUUGGAGUUGUUUUUUUUAUUCAAAUACCAGUCAAAAUCUUUUUUGCAUGUUACUUGGCAAAGGACUAAUCAUGUAAACCAAAAACGUUAUUUUCUUUUGAUAAUUUGAAUUAUUAUUACAGGAAAAUAUUCAACAAGCAUACAUAAGUCCGCAUUCGACCAAAUAUUUAUCUUUUAGAUGCUUCUGAAAUUCUGAAGUUAAUUUCAAGUAGAAACAUAUUUUUUGCAUUUAUCGUAAGAUGUUUGUUUGAUCAAAUGCGUUAUUUGAUCAUGAUCUCAGCACUGUUGCAUAAAAUACAUGCAAUACCGUUUGAAACAAUUGCAUAUUCUGUAUUAUGGGCCUGCGAGUCAAGAUGGGUAUCAGAGAAAUUGACGUAUAGGCAGAUGGCGGAUAUAAUUUGGUUCUAUAACUUGGUUGGAUUAUGUUAGACUAGCCGACAACACGGCUAACACUGAAUUGAUGUAACUCCAUCAAAUAAAGGAGGUUUCUAAGCUGCCAAAUAUGUUCCUCUGAUGGUACCUUAAGGUAUAAAGCAUGUUAUAAUUUUAGUCACCUAAUAGGCUUUUAUGCUACAUACCUUAGAUUUCCCUACCUUGAUUUACAGUUUUCUAAUUUGUUACUGUCAUUUUAAAUCCACAAAUAUGUGGCGUUUUGUGCCAUUCUUCUGUAAAAGAGCAAAAGAGGUUCAAGUAUAAACUAUAUUAUUAUGAUUAGGCAUAAUAAUGUGCAUUAAUACUACUUUAAGGUGCCUUAUAAAAGUUCGCUAUUUAAAGCGAAAUGUAUACUAAAACGUUGCCAAAAUAAUUUUAUUUAAUAGUCGUAUUAACUGUAGUCUGUAGGCAAUAGCCAUAAUUAAACAUAGGAAUUUAAUACUGUCUAGAUAUUGUUUAAUUCAGUUGAUGGUAGAAACUAAAUAUUGAAAGAAAUAAAAAUAAAUUGUAAUAAAAUACUA